GGCGCCAUGUGAGAUAACAGGCGUUUUGAUUAGACAGUAAUGGCUGCCCGGUGUUGGGGAUGUCGCUUAUUGGCUGUGCGUAUAUGUGGGCGGGGCUUACACUGACAGGGAUGUGGUGCUUUACACUCGGUGGAGUAGUGCUGCGCGGGUCACCGUCGUAAAAAGGAUCUAUAGCGUGCGCUCAAGUGUAUAUUUUGACAGUUGUUUCUCACUGUCCAAUGAGGAACGAGAAGCUGUAAUAAAAAAGAAAAACACUCAUUCUUGCCCCUCGUCUUCGUUUAAUCUUGCGACCAGAAACAGGUUUGAAUUUGGGCUUUUCAUAAAAAUUCAGCUGUAUGGAGCAGCAGCAGCGGGGUCUCUGUAGCUUUACUCCGGGCAGGUCUCCAUGCUGCGGGUCUGGGAGCUCUACCAGUUCGCCAAACAUGCGUUUGACCAUCACCUCGACCACCGGCAGUCCAGUGGAGCUGACUGUUCCCCGAGGAGAAACUGUGGAGGGAUUGAGGACUCACAUCUCCAACAAACUCAGAAUGCAAACAGACAGAAUCGUCCUGCUCCAUAAAGACAGUCAGCUGACUGCAGGUAAGCUGUUGGACCUGGGUGUAACAGAUGGCAGCAAACUGACCCUGGUCCCUGUAGUUGAGGCAGGAAUAGCAUGCUCAACUGCCAAAGCAGAGAGAGGUAUCAUGGACGUUUUGGAAAGCUUAACAGAAGCCCAGAUCAGCGACUUCCUGUCCGGGCGCUCACCUCUGAACCUAAACCUUGGCGUUGGUGCACAUGUGAUGUAUGUGCAGCUGCAGCUUUCUGCACAGAACGUGGCCGAGCUGCAGCAGCAUCAGCAACUCCACCAGGACUUAAGAGUCGGUAGCAGGAGAGACCUUCAAACUGGCUUGCCUGCUGCGGCCAGAAUGAGCCGUCUUGACUCUUCAUCCUCCUGCUGCUCCACCAACUGCUCCACCAACACUGCAGGAUCCUCUACCCCACCUGCUUCUGACUCUAAAUCCACGAUCCAUUUAAACUCUGAAAGAAGCAGGACUUCAUUUCACUCAACAGCCAGCCCCUCCUGCUCAUCCCUUCCUUUGACAAACUGCCACCAGGGUGCAUUUCCGCAUCAGUCCUUUCCUCCCCAAACACCUCGCACAUCUUCAACCCAAUUUUUGCAUCCCAGAUCUCCGCUACAAGCAGCCACACCAGUCUGUUCACCUGCUCCAACUGGCUCUGAUCCUGGACCCCCAAGUCCAGCACCGGCUUCUACCUUCAAUGAGGGUAAUACUCAAGAUCAUGCUACUCCUGAGCUGUGCAAGCAGCCAGGAGCAGUAAUCGAAAGUUUUGUGAGCCACUCUCCUGGUGUCUUCUCUGGGACUUUUUCUGGCACUCUGGCCCCUUGCAGUCAGAGCAGCAUCAGCCAACCUCAAGGUGGCAUCGCCAUCAUCCUCCAGAUCCUCAAAGACCUCCUUAGAGCUGCCCUCCACCACCAGGGGGCUUCGCCUGCCAGCCCUAACCUGCAUUGUGCUGCUUCAACCCCUCCAGCCAGCCCAGUGCUCACUACAGAGGAGCAAAGCAUAGAUAAAAGUAAAACACUGGAGACACAGAGGGAAGGGCACCUGGCUAAAACUCCAGAUGAAGAGAGUCCUCCCCUCCACUCACCCACACAGGAGAAUCAGGCGUUGCACUGUAAGCUACAGCGGCUGCAGUUUUUAAUGCAACAGAGGCAGACUCGCAGGCGGACUCGCAGGAACUCAUACCUGUCACAGGCGUCUCACCCAUACUAGCCUCCUCACCAUGAACUCUAGUUCUCUGGCUUUCAAGAAAAGAUCCUUCCACUGUGAUGGUAUCAUCAUUGAAACCUGAGCUGACUCUGGACCUUGCAAAAUCAGUGGGAGAUUGGCCAAGGCACCUAAGGCACCUUUUCAACACUAUGAGCAUUUCUUUAGAAAAUAAGCCCAAAGUCUCCAAGAGUCUGUUCUGUGAUGUCAAUGUUCUGAGUAUGUAACUUUAUCUGAGACAGUCCUGCAGGGACAUUUUUGUCAUUGAUAAUGAUAAUGUAGCAUUUUUCAUGUUGUUCGUCGUGUUCCAUACAGAAACCUGGCUGUAGGUUUCAUGGACUCCAAAGCCUUAUCCGUACAUGUCCUGAAUGUAAACGGCUUUGUUUUGUGUAGAGCAGGGGUGGGCAACUGGCGGCCAACCCUCAACGUGGCCCUCAGUUCAAUUUUGACAAAUCAAUUAUUUGGAAACAUGAAGAAAACGUGACAAAAUCUGCCAUGAAAUCAUGAAAACCAGAAAUAUGUCCAUAUUAAUAUUUGA